AUGGCGGGACUUCAAAACAAUACUUCCAUAUAUACUCAACCCCAUAAUACAGUUAUUUCGCCAAUUCAAAAUUCUGGUUCUGGCAUGAACCAUGUAUGUCGAAAUACCCAAUCACAAGGAGUCUCCACCCUAUUACCUACCCUUACAACAAAUAACCAGGCAGCCUUUAGACAACAAAUGGAUGCUAGUAACCAUGAUAUGGUAGGAGUUCUUGCCAUAGAAAUGAAUACCAUUUUUUCUCCCCUAAUACAGAAUGUAAAUAGGACUAACAAUGAUAAUGCCCAAACAUACCAACAAUUGUCAGCGCAGAUGGGACGCAUAGCAGAUUUCCUAGGCGCCCCUCAGUCCUCUGUUCGACGCAUACCAAACCAAGUUAUGAUCCAGGAAGAAGAACCAACUAUAAAUCAGGUUCGACCGCCUAGACAAGCGCCUGACGAAAGGGUCAUGGGGGCAAGAUUAGAACAACAGGCAGUUCGACGGGAAGUCCCUGAAGAACAACCUAGGAGAGUAAUAAUGGUUAAUAGAGACCAGGAUGCAGACAAAGUAAUUCAUAGGGUUAGGCGAGAAAACAUGAUGGAAAAUGACUUAACUACUAUGAUAGAGAGAAUCAUGGCCCAGAAUGGUCUGAAUACAGGACUUCGACGACCAAAUUAUUCCUCUCCUUUAUCAGAAUACGUCCUACAAACUGAAUUACCAAGGGGUUGUAAAAUCCCUAAGUUCACCAAAUUCUCAGGGGACACUAGUGAAUCCACUAUAGAACACAUAGCCAGAUACAUGACUGAGGCAGGGGAUUUGGCGAACAGUGAGAACCUAAGAAUGAAAUAUUUCCCCAAUUCUUUAACGAAGAAUGCCUUCACGUGGUUUACAACUUUGCCACCAAAUUCCAUAGAUACUUGGCCUCAUUUGGAAAGAUUGUUUCAUGAACAAUUUUACAUGGGCCAAACUAAGAUAAGUCUUGAGGAAUUAGCCAGUAUCAAAAGAAAAUUCACUGAAUCUAUAGAUUAUUAUCUGAAUAGGUUCCGUUUGUUGAAAUCUAGAUGCUUUACAAUAGUGCCUGAACAUGAGUUGGUCGAAAUGGGCGCUGGAGGUUUAGACUAUUCCAUUAGAAAAAAGUUAGAUACCUAG